AUGAAACAGUCAUCGACAACGAGUAAUCCAUCACCUUUACCAUUGCGCCCAUCAACACCUGUUUUAACCCAUAUCGAUAAAAAUCUUAAAAAACAAAUCGAUGAACGUGAAAGACUUUUUCUUCUAUAUGAAAGCGAAGGUAAAAUAUCGGAUAUAGUUCAUGAUCCAAGCCAACAGGCACCACGUCUUUCAACAACAGAUCCAAAUUGUAUCGAUCAUUAUGGAUUUAUACAUGAGCAACCAACUAAGUCACUUUCUAUAAAUGAACGUAAACAAAUUCAUCAAGAAAUUAAACGUAGUGCACGAUGGAAUAAAAUGUUAAGAAAAGCCCAUCAUACAAUAACAAGAGAUAAUGAACAAUUACGAAGGCGAAUGUUUAAAGGUUUACCAGGUACAUUGCGUGGUGCAUUUUGGUCCCGGUUAUUUGAUCUUGAUGAACAAUUACGUGUUAAUAAAGGAUAUUAUGAUAUAUUGAAAAAAAAAGCAAAAUUAUCAUCUACAUAUUUAAAUCAAAUUGAUCUUGAUGUACAUCGAACAUAUAGAAAUCAUCAAAUGUUUUGCAAUAGAUACUGUAUGAGGCAAAAACAUUUAUUUUCAAUAUUGGCUGCAUAUAGUAUGUACAAUACAGAAAUUGGUUAUACUCAAGGUAUGAAUCAGAUUGUUGCUUUUCUUCUCUUCUAUCUACCUGAAGAAGAAGCAUUUUGGGCAUUUUGCCAAUUAAUGACAGGAUCUCGUUGGAUGAUGCAUGGAUUUUUCUGUCCUGGUUUUCCAAAAUUAUUUCGAUUUCAAGCACAAUUGGAGAAGAUUAUGAAAAAAAUGUUACCUAAAGUGUAUAAACAUUUUCUUACAUGUCAAGUUCAAAGUGAUUUAUAUACAAUUCGUUGGUUUAUGCUGUGUUAUCUUGAUUGUCUUCCAUUUCCGUUAACACUUCGUUUAUGGGAUAUAUUUGUAUUAGAUGGCGAACAAGUUUUAUUAACUACAGCUUUUUGUAUAUUACGUUUACAUAGAAAAAAACUUUUACAUUUAAAAACAUUUGAUAGUAUUAAUUCAUUUCUAAAAAAUGAAUUAUGUCAAACUUUUGGCGGCUCAACAUUAACAACUGAUGAAAUUAUUGAAGAAUAUAUGGUUUGUUAUGAAAAACUAAAACAAAAUAAUUUAUUAACAUUACCCUCACCAACAGACAAUGAAUUACCAGCAAAACCAUUUAACAUUUCAAUGGGUGAUAUAACCAAAUUAACUCCUAAUAUUUCAAAUAAACCUGUAACAUCAGAUGAAACAAAACCAGUUAAUUCAACAUCAUCCAAUCAAAGUAAUACGUCACCGCGUAUUAUUGCAGCAGAUCGAUCACCAAAAUAUGCACCUUUACCAACUGUUGAUACAUUUCUUGUUUCAUCAACAGCACCAUUAGCGACUGCUGAUGAUGAUUUACCACCAAUAGUAAAUUUACGUGAUACAUCUAUUGAAACUCAAUAUAUUGAAAUAAAACGUUUAACAAAACCGUUUCAAAUAAGUGAUCAACAAUAUUUAACUGAAUAUGAUUGUUGUACAAUUUUAUCGAGUGCUGAUCCAUCGGUGAGUGGUUAUAGGCAAAAAGCAAAUCGUCAUGAUGAUAAUGAUGAUACAAUUAGCUCAAAAAGUGAUAUUAUUGAUGAUGAUGAACAUUUACAAAUAUCACAAAUGAUCACAACAUCAUUUAUUCAUGAUAAUGGUAUCGAAAGAUUAAAACGAGCAUCAUCACUUUAUGAUAAUGUUAUGGAUGAUGAACAAUAUAGUUAUCAUUAUGUACGCCCACAACAUUAUGCAUUCGAUACGGAUAUUCGAUAA